UCAGCAGUCUUCUUCUGCCUUCAAGCAAAUCUUUUUCACGUUGCUCCUCCAUUUUCAGAUCUUCACUCUUAAAAUCAAAUAUGGGCAUCACUACCUUUACCCAAGAAUUCACUACCCCAAUUGCCCCAUCGAGAAUGUUCAAGGCCUUGAUUCUCGAUUCCCACAAUCUCAUCCCCAAAAUUGCCCCCCAAGGCAUCAAGAGCAUUGAUUUCAUUGAAGGAGAUGGAGGAGUUGGAAGCAUUAAGCAGACUAACUUUGCCGAUGGUGGCCACUUGCAAUAUUUGAAACAUAAGAUCGAUGCUCUCGAUUCUGAUAACCUCGUCUGCAAGUAUACCUUGAUUGAAGGUGAUGUGAUUUUUGAUAAAAUUGAAUCUGUUGUCUAUGAGGUCAAAUUUGAGGCUUCAAGUAAUGGUGGAUGCAUAUGCAAGAUGUCCAGUGAGUACCACACGAAAGCUGGUGUGGAGCUUAAGCAAGAUGAGAUCAAACAAGGCAAAGAUAAGGCUAUGGGGCUAUACAAGGUUGUCGAGGAGUACCUUUCGGCCAAUCCCGAUGUCUAUGCUUGAUGCGCCUUUUAAUUAGACCAUUUGUUUUCGGCAAAAACUCUUUGGGUUUAUACAUUAAUGUUUUCUUUUGGGCCAUGUUGUACGGAGUUUGCUUUGGGAUCCAAGUCGUGGCUCUUAAGCUCUUCCGGCAUUUAUCAAUUGGAAUAAAUAAGUUUCUUUGGUAAAUAAUAAUGAAGUUUUAUAUGACUA